CGCACAGCCGCGGCGAGAUGGCACCGGCUGGAAGUCCCCGCGCCAAGAAGGGCAUUUUGGAGCGUUUGGAUGCUGGGGAGGUUGUGGUUGGAGAUGGCGGCUUUCUCCUAACUCUGGAGAAGAGGGGCUACGUGAAGGCAGGGCUCUGGACACCAGAGGCCGUGGUAGAGCAUCCAAAUGCAGUUCGUCAGCUUCACAUGGAAUUCUUGAGAGCGGGAUCGAAUGUCAUGCAGACUUUCACCUUUUCUGCCAAUGAGGACAAUAUGGAAAGUCAGUGGGAAGCUGUCAACGCUGCUGCCUGUGACCUCGCCCAAGAAGUGGCCGGCAAAGGUGAUGCUUUGGUAGCAGGGGGGCUCUGCCAGACUUCGUUAUACAAACACCACAAGGAUGAAGAUAGAAUUAAAAAACUUUUUCGACUACAGCUCGAAGUAUUUGUCAGGAAAAACGUGGACUUCUUGAUUGCAGAGUAUUUUGAAUAUGCUGAGGAAGCUGUGUGGGCUGUGGAAGUCUUAAAAGAAUCUGGAAAACCCGUGGCAGCCACCAUGUGCAUAGGCCCAGAGGGAGACAUGCAUGGCGUGACCCCUGGCGAAUGCGCUGUGAAGCUGGUGAAGGCAGGGGCUUCAAUCAUUGGGGUGAACUGCCGAUUUGGGCCCUGGACCAGUCUGAAGACAAUGAGGCUAAUGAAGGAAGGCCUGCAGGCUGCAGGCCUGAAAGCACAUUUGAUGGUGCAGUCCCUGGUGUUCCACAUGCCCGACUGCGGCAAAGGAGGGUUUGUGGAUCUCCCGGAAUAUCCCUUUGCACUGGAGCCCAGAGUUGCAACCAGAUGGGACAUUCAAAAAUAUGCCAGAGAAGCCUACAACCUGGGGAUCAGGUACAUAGGAGGGUGCUGUGGAUUUGAGCCCUACCACAUCAGGGCCAUUGCAGAGGAGCUGGCCCCAGAAAGGGGAUUUUUGCCUCCAGCUUCAGAGAAACAUGGCAGCUGGGGAAGUGGUCUCAAUAUGCACACCAAGCCCUGGAUUAGAGCCAGGGCUAGAAGGGAAUACUGGGAGAACCUGCUGCCGGCUUCGGGCAGACCUUUCUGUCCUUCACUGUCAAAGCCAGAUGUCUAAGCAGUCGUCAAAGAAAACACUGUAAUAACAGAAAGGAAAGAAAUCCCCCUCGAGCCUCAUCUGGAACCCUUCCUCACCUCUGUCCUCAGCCCACCCUGACGUCUCCAGCUACUGAACAGCUAAUGUGCUGCCAACUCAACACAGGAUGCGAACUGCGCUCCUGCUGUGGUUAAGCACCAAGCAGGAUGCUGGGGGGAGAUGCGAAGAUGGUAAGAAAGACCCCUGUCCUCCAGGUACCGACGGUCCAGUCAUGUCGCUGGACAUGCUGUGGACGGGCAGCAGGAAGAGUGAAACUUGUCUUUUAGAGUGAAUCUGAGAUUUUAAACUAACCAGAUGUCACUGAGCACUGAACCCAGUGAUGAAUGCGGGUACAUGAGAUGAAUAGAGCAGCAAUCUAAACUAAAAUUAAAGCAAUGAGUCCUUUCUUAAAUGAUGUGUAUAGUUAUUCCAAAGACAGCGCCAAAGGAAGAGAGGCAAAAAAAUGUUUUGAGCAAUGGCAAGAUUACUGAAAUAAUCAUAUAAAGUUCCAAAUCCAUUGCUUUCAAAGUUUAGUUACUUUAAAGUGUUAGGUCCUAGAACUUUUAAAACAUGUCUCUGUAAUCACAAAUAGCUAGAUUAUAAACUGCUAAGGACAAGGACUGUGUGAUAUGCUUCUUAGGUUUGUCCUCCAAGUAUUUAACAUUGUGCCAGGUAUACAAAUAGAUGCUCAAUGAAAUUCUUAUUGUUGAUUGUUCAAAAUAAGUAAAAAUAAACAGUUUCAGAAGACCUUUUUAAAAGUCAGAGUUCAAAUCUAUCUUGGUCUAAUAUUCUCUUGACUUAUAUUUAAGCUAUUUGCUAUGUAUGGAUUUCUCUCUGUAUUUUCCAAACUAUGUAUCAAUUUGCAACAACUAAUG